CUCAUAUACUUGCAACACAUGAGUUGCACAUGUGUUAAUGCUUGUGUGAAAUAGUUUUUAAAAAGGUGAAUCAAAGUCAGUGCAUUGAGAUUUAUGUGUGUUUUUAAUGUAAAAUCUGGGUGGGGGAGGGGCUGUCAUGUCUUAACUUCCUGUUUCUCAAACAUUUUAGGCUGAGGACCAUUUAGCCCAUUUAGCAAACACUCAUGGAUCGCCCAACUUGAAACUGUAAAUGUGAAUGGCUCAGAUUAUUUUACCCCAAGUUUAUUCACACCUUUGCAAGACAUUGUCUUGAAUUAUUUACAUAAUCUGUAACUUAUUCACAGAUUCUGAAAGUGUGGAUUGUACGCCUUCAUGUAAAUCAAAAGAGAAGUUUAAAAAAAUAACAUUAGCAGUUGGUGUACAAGCAGAGUUGUAAAAAACAAAGACCUGCAGACCACCAGUGGUCUGGGGACCACCUUUGGAGAAAUACGGCGUUACAUCAGCAGCAAAUUCAUCAAGAAAACAACAAAACUUCAACUUCUGCACUUUAAUGUUGAUCUUUAUUGUUUUAGUUGCAAAGCGUCUCAGCUUCUCAGCUAAAAGGGUUUAAAACCACAAGUCAGGACAUGAUGAAGUCACCAACUAAGAGAACACGAACAGAAAACAAAAUGGACAAGAAGACCCAAUGUGAUAAAGAAAAUAUUGAUCCUGGAAAUGACUCCAGUCCACCCAGGAAAAAAUGGAGGGCAUUUCCAGGCUUUCAGGUCUCCGAUGGGCUGCAGAGUCAAAGCAGGACUCCUCUGGGAACCAGGGACAGCAAUGAUGGCAGGUCUCUGCAGGUCAAACCUCGUCCACAUGGGAAGAAGAAGAGGACAGCAGGAGAGCAACGUUUGAAACAAGACCAGCUGCCUUACCGAAAAACAUAUAAAACAUGUUCUCCAACAAACAAACGAGAGAGAGAAUUAAUGCCACUCAGGGGUAUUUCAGGUACAGUGAGUGAGAGUGAAAAUGUUCCACCAGGCUGUGAGUCUGAAACUCUGGGGGAAAAAUAUCUGGAAAACUCAGAGUGCAGAAAUGACCCAGAGCACGAGGAUUUUCUAAAACUGAAAGCGUGGGUGGAGAGUAGAUUUCCUGUUUGUUCCUUUCAGGAAGCCCUGCAAAUGAAAGAGGACAACUUUGAAAUGAUUCAGCGUUCCUUUACUGAAUUCUGCAGCACAGGGACACAGCUGGUAAACCCCCGCCAAUCUGUUUUUUACGUGGAAAUAUGGGAAACCGGUUCAAAUGUCAUUUCUCACGGCACAGGUUUUGUGCUGGGUGGCAACAUUGUUCAAACCUGUUUCCACUUAUUUAAACAUUGGGAGAAAAGAAACUUAAACAGCUUAUUGAAAAAUCUGAAUAUUAAUGUAGAGUUCAAUUUUAAUAAUCUGGAUUAUAAAUCAAAGAAAACCUUUCAAGCUAAGUGGCGUCUUGGUAUCCGUGAUGCAGAUGUCGCCAUAUUGGAGCUCAUCUAUGAGAACAGAGCCCUUAAACAAGCAGAGCUGGAGGAAAUACCUCCAGGUCUCCUGAGGAUAUUUGGACCGGUACCAGAUGAUCAUAGGGCUUGUGUUGUUGGUUAUCCAGCAGGAAGAGGAGAGAAGAAAAUAGAUUUUACAUUUAUCGUUAGAAAAGAGGACAGGGAGCAGGCUGUAAUCCAGAAUCUAAUGCCCAAUAAGGAUGAUCUUCCUACUGUUAUUGACCAGCUCAGGGAUCUCAACAGAGAUAAUUAUGUCACCUACAACAGCUUCAUGUAUGAGGGCUCCUCUGGCUCCCCAGUGUUUGAUAUUUUUGGACGGGUGUUUGGUUUGCACAUUGGUGGAUUGUACAUUGAUAAUCCAAUUCCUGGUCACGGUGUUAUAGGAUGUGCCUUCCCUGUGGUCGAGAUAUUCAAAAAGCUUCUGGGAGAGCUCCAGAAAAAUGGCAUGGAGGAUUUGUUGAGGAACGUUUUGGUGGCAGCAGAGGGGAAUCCAUACCUUCAGGAGAUCCUUGAAUCUGCUGGACUAAAACUAACUAAAGAUCGGCCUCUCUGUGUGGAGAAUCAGGGAAAAACAGGAAAACAAUCAGAUUCUGAGGAGGAAAUGGACACAAGUUAGGCGUUUAAAUUAGAUUUCAUAAGUCAAAUAGCACAUCAUGCAGCACGAGAUCAUUUUAACUCAUGGAACAUUGCAUUGAAUACAUUUAUACAAAAACAUCUAGGAUCAUGUUGUUGAAUUUCAUACGCCUCAUAUAAAAUCAAGAUAGUUAAUUCAGUCUGAAUAUUGUCCAUUUGCUGGUUUGUGGAUUUAUUUAUGAGAACUGAAUUAUUUAUCUUUUUUCAAAUAAAAUGUAUGAAAUGUUUUUCAUUGCUCUGACGCUGGAUUCUUACCUCUUUAAGAAAAUGCUGUUUGAUAAUAACCCUGUGUUGUAUCUGGG